AUUACAGCUCAUAGAUCCCCGGAGUAGAUCUCUCUCCUCUGGACCUCCCACGUAGCAUGCAUUGAACAGCUGCUGCACAAGGAGCAACAUGGUAGCAGUAGACUAGUCCUAGUAGAGAGAGAAGUGAAGAAGCAACCAAGCAAAGAAGGAGCGCAACUGUGCAAGAAGGGAGGAGGAGGAGAGCGCGCAAUGGAGCAGCAGCACCAGGAGCGGCCGCGGGAGGUGUACCGCGAGUGCAUGCGCAACCACGCGGCGAAGUUGGGCACGUACGCUUCCGACGGCUGCUGCGAGUACACCCCCAACGACGGCCACCCCGCCGCGAUGCUCUGCGCCGCCUGCGGCUGCCACCGCAACUUCCACCGGAAGGCGUUCCUCGACGCCGCCGCGGUGGCGCCCGCGGCAAUGCUGCCCUCCCCGGGCUCGCCGCCGGGCUACGGCAUGCACAUGGCGGUGGCAGCCGGCAUGGGCGGCGGCGAAGGUGGAGCGCUCGGCGGCCACGGCUCUGGGGGCAGGCGGCGGACGCGGACCAAGUUCACGGAGGAGCAGAGGGCGCGCAUGGCCCAGUUCGCGGAGCGGCUCGGGUGGCGGAUGCCCAAGCGGGAGCCCGGCCGUGCGCCAGGGGACGACGACGUGGCGCGCUUCUGCCGGGAGAUCGGGGUCACCAGGCAGGUCUUCAAGGUCUGGAUGCACAACCACAAAGCCGGCGGCGGCAGAGGGGGUGCCGGCACCGGGGGUGUCGCUCAGACGUCGUCAUCGACGACGCGGGGCGGCGGCGUUGGCGUAGGGAGCAUGUCGCCGGCGAUGGGCCGCGACGGCGAGGACGACGAGGAGUUGAGGGGCAGCGAGAUGUGCAUGUAGCAUCCGCAGUACGUACGUGGCGCCGUGGCAAUGGCAUCGCUAUCUUGCUGGGAUAGUAAACUACUUUGCUGAUUCCUUUCGGAGGACUAACACAGCCCUAUUGAUUUUGCGGCCGCUAUGCCACCUCUGCCACCUCGGUUUUCCAUCUGAAGAUCACAACCCCAUCACUAUCAAUCAGAAUUUGCAGUCGCUUUGAUAGAAAUCCUUAUGACUUGGGUGAUUUAUUUUUUGAUUAAAAAAUCUCUAGAGCAACCCUUACUCCGAACAGGCCCGUCUUUAGUAGAUCCCUUGUGUGGAUAUUCCACUGUCCCAGAGCUUCAAACUUCAAAGCCUACCAUUAGUUCGAACCCUGGAACACCUUGUAUGACUACGCUCAGACCUUCAAUUUCUGCGAUCCUCUACGAAUAUUGCACCGAGGGAGGCUCAAAAAUACAUUUCCACACCCGUGUGAAAACGAGUGCUCUGUGGUACUCGGUCAGGACCACCCCAACUAGAACGGCCUUGACUCGGGUCCUAAUCCAUUCCCAGCAGCUCCUUGGGGC